AAAAUGAGAUUGGUAAAAAAAAAAAAAGGGGGAUAAGAAAAAAGUAAAAUUGAAGAGGGGGGAUGGAUGGGAAAACAAUAAGAGUGGAAGGCAAGGAAAAGAAAAAGAACCUACAAAAAACAGAAGUGAGGAGAGAGGGCUACUAAAGUGGAGAGGAAGGGAGAGAAAAAAAUAUAUUCAACAUCGCGCAUGGUGGAAAUGGGAUAAAGGGACGCACCGGUUCGCUCAGUCACAUGCGUUUCGGACAGCGGAAUAAAUAGCUUAAAAAGUUGGUGUCUGGAAUAGAGGAAUUUUUAGUGAGGAAUUUGGUGAUGUUUGGCCUGUGGAGCUUGAUUUGGGAAAACCACUCCACCACAUAACAGAGCACUGCUGAAGUAGAUGAAAGGGGGUAAACUCGUUUUUUUUUGCACGAGCGCCUGCGCUCCGGAGCUUCUCCGACCAAUAACGACUGGCCGGCGAUGAAAGAGCGGGUCGACAUCGGGAGGAGGGACGAACGGAGAGACAAGAGACGGAUGGAGUUUUGGGUCCCCUCAUCCGGGCGGCAGCGCGCGGGUCAGAGUACGCACUCCCGAAAAUAAAAAAAAAAAGAGAAAAUCCUACGCAACACACACACACACAAAGAUGACGAUUGCCAGUGAAAUAUCCAGUAACUGGCGGGUUGUCGGUGUUGAACGAGGUCUCACAGUUGAACUCCCCAUCCAUUCAGCGAGUCCCUUUCAUUUGAAAGAUGGUUAUUCCUUUCCAAAAUUGUCAAAUUACUUCAUCCUUGCUCAAUGAAUUUUAAAACCCCGUUUCCAAGUGAUUUCCUUCGCACAAUCCAUUCAUUUAAAUUGUUUUUCUAAGAACAAGAAAAGUGAAGAUUGCAAAAUAACGGGGGGAAAUCAUUAGGACGUCGUUGUCGUUAGAACGACCGUGCCUGGCGCCGAGUGCUGUCGUGAGAAUGCCGUAGUUGGUGGUGCGUGUCGUCGCCAUUAGACGCGAUUUGUGUCGUCUCGGUGAACAAACACACACAAGAGAACCUCUACAUCCCAGUGCAGUAUUCCCUUCCACAGUUCUUCGUCCAGUGUAUCUCUGUGUGUGUGUUUGUGUGUGUGUGGUGUAAAGACAAUUACGAAAGAGAUAGAAAAGAUCGUAAUCCAAAUGUAAUCAAAGAAAGCGAAUAAUGGAAAGGCAGCAAAUGGAAAUGAUAAUAACAAACGUGUUGUCCUGCAACUGGCCAUUCCAUCAAAACGAACAGUCAUCAGUGUCUCGGUUAGUGUUGCCCUGCGGUGUUAGUGGUGCCAGUGAUGGUGCAAGUGCUGCGAGCUUAUUACGCCAUAACGUGUCGCUCUGGCUGAUCCAGAUUGCCCAAGAUUGAGGAAUGAGUGAGAGUAAGCCGGACAACAAUCCAAAGGCAUCUACUUGUAUGCCAAGCUCUUUACCUUCUUCACCAAAGAUCACUGCUAGUCAAGGCGGCGGAGCGAAUUGUGCUGGCGUCGCGAAAAUGACGUCGACGAAUUUUGUGCCGUUGCCAGCAGCGAACGCGGUGCCAGGGACGCCCGCAACGUCGGCAGCUAUUCCGACGACGACGACGACGCCGCCCACAACGGCUCCGAACGUGGCCGUCCUGGUGCCGUCCAAAAUGGAUCCGCUUCAUCAUCAUCAUCAUCAGACUCAAUCGCAGCAGCCGAAGAAACAUCAAAGCGUCAAGCUGCAGAAGGUGAAAAGACAAUUGCAGGCCAUGGGCGUCCGUGCGCCGAACACGUCUUCCAGCACCGUUCCAGAAUGGCGUUCGUCUUGGAGCCGUCGAUCACAGCGCUCCGAACGGGGCCAUCAUCCGGAACAGCCGUUGGCCAACAACAAUAGUGUCCUGACUGUCAGCACGCCCAACAUGUCGAGCGCCAUCAGGCGGGCGGCAGGUGCGGCAGCUGCGGCUGAUGUGCAAAGUGCAACUGGACGCGUCGGACUAUUGUCCGGCAGUGAGACGGAUCGAGACGAGGAAGAGCGCGAAGAAGACGAGGAAGAAGAGCAGCGAUUAAUGGCCGGAAUGCGCAUUCAAAUGAUGUCGUCGCCAGGUGCGGCCGGUCCAGGUGUGCCCCUCCAUCAGUAUCACUCGCGCUCGAUGACGUCCCUACCGCCGGAGCCGUUCAUGAUCAUGCGAAGCAAAGCGCUCAACCGCCGGGUGAGCAUCAACGUCGGCGGCGUCCGGCACGAAGUCUUGUGGCGGACGCUGGAACGGCUGCCGCACACCAGACUUGGCCGGCUGAGGGACUGCAACAGCCACGAGGCUAUCAUCGAACUGUGCGACGACUACUCGCUGGUGGACAACGAGUACUUCUUCGACAGACAUCCGCGCUCUUUCUCGUCCAUUCUCAAUUUCUACCGGACGGGCAAACUGCAUCUGGUCGAGGAGAUGUGCGUCAUCGCCUUCUCCGACGAUCUAGAGUAUUGGGGCAUCGACGAGCUCUAUCUAGAGUCCUGCUGCCAGCACAAGUACCACCAGCGCAAGGAGCACGUCCACGAGGAGAUGCGCAAAGAGGCCGAGAGUCUCCGGCAGCGCGACGAGGAAGAAUUCGGAGAGGGGACAUGCGCCCAUUACCAGAAACUCUUGUGGGAUCUACUGGAGAAACCCACAUCAUCCUUCCCGGCUAGGGUCGUAGCGGUGAUUUCGAUCCUGUUCAUCGUGCUGUCGACGGUAGCCCUGACGCUCAACACGCUGCCGGCGCUGCAGGAAGAGGGCGACGUGGCCGGAACAACGAUGGACAACCACAAUUUGGCGACGGUGGAGGCCGUGUGCAUAACGUGGUUCACGCUCGAGUACCUGCUCCGUUUCGCCGCCUCGCCGAGCAAGUGGAAAUUCUUCAAAGGGGCCCUAAACGUGAUCGACCUGUUGGCCAUCUUGCCCUACUUUAUCUCUUUGUUGCUCAUCGAGACGAAGAACAAUUCGGACCAGUUCCAGGACGUGCGCCGGGUCGUGCAGAUUUUCCGCAUCAUGCGGAUCCUGCGUAUUUUGAAAUUGGCGCGCCACUCGACCGGCCUCCAAUCCUUAGGCUUUACGCUGCGCAAUUCGUACAAAGAGCUCGGCCUGUUGAUGCUCUUCCUGGCCAUGGGCGUCCUCAUCUUCUCGUCGCUCUGCUAUUUCGCCGAGAAAGACGAACCGGGUUCCAAGUACACCAGCAUUCCUGAAACCUUCUGGUGGGCCGGAAUUACCAUGACGACGGUCGGCUACGGUGAUAUCUAUCCGGUCACACCCCUAGGGAAGGUUAUCGGAAGCGUCUGCUGCAUUUGCGGAGUACUGGUCAUUGCCUUGCCUAUCCCCAUCGUCGUCAACAAUUUUACCGAGUUUUACAAGAAUCAAAUGCGGAGGGAGAAGGCGCUGAAGCGCAAGGAGGCCCUGGAGCGGGCUAAGAGGGAGGGCAGCAUCGUCUCCUUCCACCACGUCAACCUGAGGGACGCCUUCGCCAAAUCCAUGGACAUCAUCGACGUCAUCGUCGAUACAGGUCACAACAUGUCGCAAACGGAUGGGAACAGUAUGGGCGGCGAGAGCGGACCUGUCGGCCACACGGGCACCGGUUGCUACAAGAAUCACGAACACAGUUUGAUGCUGCAUCCGCAACACGGAGCUGCCAAUCGGUUGGUACCUGCCACCGGUGGCCAAAGAAGACAGUCGGCCACCACAGGCGCCAUAUCAAUCGCCGCCGUGACAGCUCUGCUCGCCUCCAGUCCCGCAACAAACGUCAGCGGCGUUCAACACCCGCCCGCAGCAGCGCCUCCCAACAAUUUGGUGGAUUUAGGUGAUUCACCGUGUUCGAGGAAGAGGUUGUUGUCGUUCAACGAUCAACAACAUCCGUCCGCCUGUAGUCCGCUGUCGCCGAAUAGGCCUCCGCGUCGUGCGGAUAAUGGCGGUUCAGUGCGAGCUGCGCCACCUGGUAAUUCAAAUAGUAGUAAUAAUAACUCUUCUACCGCUGCCGCUGCUGUGGCUGCUGUGGCUGCUCUUGCAGCAACACCUUCUUCCGCAUUCCACUCGCCGGAUUUGAAUGAGUUUGUAGAGUCGCUACCGGGAUUCAAAAAGCUCCAGCCCUAUUCUUCUUCUUCUUCUUCCUCGGCUGCUGCUGUGAUCAAUAUGAUGACGCCUGGGCCGGCAACGACGCUCAUCGAAAUGCAGCCAAUGGGACGCAAUCCGUCGUCGUGUCCCACGGCCCCCAGUUCCAUCCAUUUGUCCACUAGCAACAAAUCGUCACCUGCCAGGUCGCAGAGGAGGACGAGACCGACGGAUUUGGCCAGUUUCGACAGCUCCGACACUUGGGCCAGCUGCAAUCCGUUCCCAAGCAUCACCGACUUGGCCGGCUGGUCGCCGCAGAGCGGGACGGGUCCAGCAGAAAGAGAGGCUUCCGAUUUGUACGUGAAACCGUUGGAGAAGGAGAACAAACAGCAACAUUACGUCACCGUAGACGAGACUUCCAGGCUACUUUAUCAAUCGAUUAACGAACAAGCGGACGACGAUGAUUCGCCCGUCAAAGCCCAGGCGGCCAAUCGCAAAAUUCAGACGGCCAGCAACAAGCCGCGGCCGAGAUUCAAGGAAGCUUUCAGCUCGGAUGAAGAGGAUCGCCCUACCAACGUCGUGACCACCGGUUCGUCCAAGAACAAGGAGGCCGGCAGCGGAGGGUUCGGUUUGAAAGGAGGCGGCAUUGUCAGUUCGGUCAAUAAAAAAUUCCGUCAGAAAUCAAGUCCGUCUAGCAGUGGCAAGCCAUCCUUCCUGACGGGCAAAGGUAUCGCUUCCGCCACACGUUUCCUUAACUAUCGAUUCCACAGUCUCCAAAGCGCAGAUAAUCGAGGACGCGCAAGUCCCGAUCGCAAAAAAUCCAUUUUGAAGCGAUCCGGUGAAGGGGGUGGCGGAGGUGGCGGAGGUUCAACUUCUGUGGGUUCAACAUCGGUCGGGGCUUUGUCCGACCAGGAUACGGAGAUGGAGAAGUUGAUUGGCGGUGAAGGGGGAGGUGCCACGGCGUCCGAGAGCGGCUCCGAACCUUUCUCGCCCGUCGUAGCCCAGCGGAGUAGCAAUCGGAGACGGAUGAAUGACGCACUGGUGGGUGGAGGAGGAGGCAAUAAGACAAGGCCGUCCGAAACGGCCGACAGCGGACACAUCAGCAUCAACAUGGGCGGCAACUUGAUGACAUCUUGCGCACUGGACGAUUGGCCUUUUGCCGACUACUCGCCAACCGAAGAGGCAAUCACUUCCGGUCAUCCAUCCAGCGCAACGUGAAACCCGGAAAGCCACUCCGCAUUUGUGGGACGGCUGCCGUCCAACUGCCCCUCUAUAAGCCGAAAGAAAAAAGAAAAACGCUCAACUCCGUAACGAAAAACGACGUCCCUCGCGGAGAGAAAAUACAAUUGGCCUCAAAGGCACACGACGGCCGUCAAAACUUUCCAAGAAAAGUGACAAUCACACAGACACACAUAGAGAAAAAGGUUCUCUUUUUCCUUUUUGUUCUUUGUUGUUAUGUAAGCGUAACGAAACACCACAACUAUAUCUUUCUCUCUACCAUCCUUUUCCUCUUAUUUUUCGCCGAAGCAAUAUUACAUGUAUAGGAGGACAACUACUGGCUGUCUCUAUUUCAUCGUUAUGUCGGUUCUUUUAUUGUAUAUGUAUGGUGCGUUAUGUUUAAAAAUCGUCCCGAGUUGACUGCCGUUCGUUUCAAUUUCCCUUUCAAAAAACAAAAUGUGCGGGAGUUUUGCUUCGUCGUGCGUGUAAAAAACGAAUGUUCACAAAGGUCAUUCCAAAGAGAAAAACGUGACCGACAUCAUCAAAUUGUUUGUCAUUUUUACAAUUACAAAUCUUCUUCUUGUGAGUGUAUACUAUCAGAUAUCCUCGAUCUCCCUUUUUAAUAGUUCCCGAUUUCUUUAAAAAAAAAAAGAUUUGUCCCGCUCAGCUUUAAAUGCCGCUACAUUUUAACGCACAAUGUCUGUUAAUCAUUUCAGAUCCCAAAAAAAAGCAUUGGCAAAGAAAAAGCUGCAAGUGAUGGACAGCGUGUCUGCGUGUGUGUAAGAUAACAAACGCGGUAUGCAUAAUGUUGCGUGACGUUUUUUCUAUUCGACAUGACUAACAUCUAUCACGAAGAAAGCUUUCUGGUUAAUUGGUUGUGACUAUUGUUUUUUUUUUUUUUUAUUGUUUUUGCGUUCAUUUUUUUUCGCAGAGAGAUCUUUCCUCGUAGGCGAUUGAGUUUGCGGAGUAAAGUAGCUAAUAUCGAUGACUUAAUACCAGCGUGAGAGGACGUCUUUGAUAUAAUUGGCGCACUUGCUAUGUGUAUACAACCAUAACCUUUCCCUCGCCCAUCUCGCUAAUAUUCAUUUGGCCCUAUUGUCUCAUGUCUCAGUGCUUUGUUCCUUGGUGUUAUUGCAAGGAUGUAAUAGGCUGCUCCAUUUCCUUUGUCAGUCGUGUAGAGUGAGGAUUAUAUUCGACAUGAGCGCUCAAUCACUGUUAGUCUGUUUUUCUUGAUUAUGGUCAAUUCUAAAUUUCCCCUUUUUUUCUGGCCUCCAAUAAUGUUCUUUUCUUUCAGGUCAUCCGCUAUGGUAAUUGGCACUGGUCGAAGUGUACACACACUCCCAAGGUUAACGGUUAACGUGUAUGAUAUUAUGUUACUAACGAAACGUUACUUUCCUUUAGGCUCUUGAUUUUUGUUUUCGUUUGAGUUUUGUGUUCUUUCCCACCCUCUUCAAUUUUUAUAUCGCUUUAAAGUAUACUAUAGUCACUUGACCCGUUUGUUUGUCUUCAAUUGCCAUCGUCCGUCUAUGUUUGUAGCGGAGCUAAGCUGUCUUGGAAACGGUGAAACGAAUCCUCUGCUCUUCUUUUUCUUCUUUUACUAUACACACACAAACACACGUCCUCCCUACCCCUUACUUAACAAUGCAACAAACGAAAAAGAUUAAAAGACAAAAACAAAAUGUUACCUUGCCCUCCCUUUUUCCCUUUAAGAAAUAUAUAGUAUUAUUACUUGA